UCGUGCAGCAGCAGCAGCAGCAGCAGCAGCAGCAGCAGCAGCAGCAGCAGCAGCAGCAGCAGCAGCAGCAGCAGCAGCAGCAGCUAACGUGA